UAGGGGUGGAUAUGGAUGCACUGUGGUGGUCAUGGCAACUAGCGAAUAUGACGAGAGCCAUGGAGACGUUACAGCAGAUCCAAGAAACCCUAGCGGAGAUCAAUGAACGAACACCCCACGUGAGCAUCUCAAGGUUCGUCGCCUCCGUUUUGGUCGAGUGGCUGCAGACCGAAUACGCGACGUCGGAGCGGAAGAGCGGUGACGCCGCCGGUCACGAACGCGACGCGGAGCCGUCUGGCGCGCGGCCGGGCGCUCCCACCCUGCAGAUGGACUGGGCGGCAUGCGUCGUCCCUCUGCACGGCGAGGACGCGCACUUCGGGCACGCCGAGGCCGGCGUCGUCGGCGUCGCGGACGGUGUCGGCGGGUACCGGGACCGUGGCGUGGACGCCGGCGCGUUCGCACGAGCUCUCAUGGCGAACGCUCUGGCGUCGGCGGAGCGGGUGGCCAAGGCCAGCAGGAAAGUCCGCUGCGGCCUUUGCCCCAAGAAGGAGCUGGAGCGGGCGCACAAGAAAGCGGCCGCGGACGAGACGCCAGGGGCGUCCACGGCUGUCAUCCUGUCGCUCCACGGCACGGCGCUCGCGUGGGCGUACAUUGGCGACAGCGCCUUCGCCGUCCUCCGAGGCGGCAAGAUCAUCUGCCGUUCGGAGCAGCAGCAGCGCCGCUUCAACCAGCCGUACCAGCUGAGCUCCGAGGGUAGUGGUGGCAGCCUCGACGAGGCGAAGGUCGGCAGCAUGCCGACGGUGAUGCACGGCGACGUCGUAGUUGUCGCGACGGACGGGCUGUUCGACAACAUGCACGACUGGCAGCUCGAGCGCGCCGUGCGGAUGGGCACCUGCCUGGGCUUCUCUCCCAAGAACAUGGCAGACAUCGUCGCGGGCAUCGCUUACGGGAUAUCCAAGGACAAUCUGGCACGCACGCCGUUCGGGAUCGGAUACUUGGAGGGACAUGGGGAGGUAUGGCAUGGCGGAAAGAAGGACGACAUCACGGUCAUCGUCGCGUAUAUUGUCUGAUUUUUUUAGGGGUUGCGCUUGAUUUUGGACGCUGGCAAAAUAAUGUCCUUGACGCGCUCCAAGAAAUGAGGAAAGUUUUAGUUCAGUUCCAAUGAUGCGUUGCUACACAUGGCCCAUCAAAAUUUAGGGCUUGUUUAGAAGUAAAGUAGUAUUUUUUUUAUAAUUUAUAGGUGAUACCCCGAUU